AUGCGCAGGAGGGAUCUUUCCCGGCAGAAGAACCGGAUUUUUGCACGGCAGUGCCCGCACGACAUUGAGGCCUGGCUUCAGAAGUCCGCGGGAAAAUGCAUCCUGCAACUGCAGGACACAGGCGCGGUCAACACCGGAGCAACCCAGACGCCGCCCGCGCCGCCCCCCACGCUGCUGGACGAGGUGGAGCCGCUGGACCUCGAGAGCUUGGCCGCCUGGAGCGACGAGGACGACUACACUUGGUUGUAUGUGGGCUCUUCAAAGACCUCAUCAGAGAAAUCCUUGAGUCCUUUGCAGUGGUGUAGACAUGUCCUGGAUAACCCGACUCCAGAGAUGGAAGCAGCCCGGCGUUCCCUAUGCUUCCGACUGGAGCAAGGUUACACUUCCCGAGGCUCCCCUCUCAGUCCCCAGUCCUCCAUUGACAGUGAGCUGAGUACUUCAGAACUGGAGGAUGACUCUAUCUCCAUGGGAUAUAAAUUACAGGACCUCACUGAUGUUCAGAUCAUGGCUCGUCUACAAGAAGAAAGUCUCAGGCAAGAUUAUGCUUCUACUUCAGCAUCUGUCUCGAGACAUAGUUCCAGUGUAUCACUGAGUUCAGGAAAGAAAGGCACGUGUAGUGAUCAAGAGUACGAUCGAUACAGUCUGGAGGAUGAGGAAGAAUUUGAUCAUUUGCCACCACCCCAGCCUCGUCUUCCAAGGUGUUCACCUUUCCAAAGAGGAAUUCCCCACUCACAGACUUUCUCCAGCAUUCGGGAUUGUAGGAGGAACCCCAGUACUCAGUAUUUUCCUUCAAACAAUUACCAGCAACAACAGUAUUAUUCACCUCAGCCCCAGACUCCAGAUCAGCAACCAAAUAGGACCAAUGGAGAUAAGCUCCGAAGAAGCAUGCCUAAUCUAGCCCGGAUGCCAAGUACAGCUACAGUCAGUAGCGGCAUUAGUUCUCCAGUUACCGUGAGGAGCAGUCAGAGUUUUGACUCCAGCCUGCAUGGGGCUGGGAAUGGACUUUCAAGAAUACAGUCUUGUAUUCCAUCACCAGGACAGAUUCAACACAGGGUCCCUAGCGUGGGGCAUUUCCCGGUGUCUGUCCGGCAACCCCUUAAAGCCACAGCUUAUGUUAGUCCCACAGUUCAAGGCAGCAGUAAUCUCCCUGUAUCCAAUGGCGGCGUACAGUUAUAUUCCAACACCGGAAUCCCCACCCCAAACAAAGCUGCAGCUUCCGGGAUCAUGGGCCGCAGUGCACUUCCCAGACCUUCACUGGCAAUAAAUGGGAGUAACCUGCCUCGGAGCAAAAUUGCACAACCUGUCAGAAGUUUCCUGCAGCCUCCGAAGCCCCUAUCUUCGCUCAGCACGCUGAGGGAUGGGAACUGGAGAGAUGGCUGCUAUUGAAGCAGUCUCAUGUACCCAGGACAGCGGGAAAGAAGUGACAAUGAGGGUGUGUUACCUAGCUGGCUGGGUAACGGUGGAUGUGGGGAUAUUCUUUCCCUGUUGCAUUUUAACACAUUUCCUGCAUUGUUUUUCAAUGGACCAAUCACCAGAGACUAAUGGUUGCACUUAAAUAUUUACAUGAAGUACUGCAACAUUCUCAAACCCGUGGUUGCAGUAUUGUGACACUUAGAUCUAGGAAGUUUUUGUAGACCUACUCUGUAUCUGAAUACUUUUUGAAAGAAUGGAGAUGUAUCAAUAAUGCUUUGCCAUAUGAUUUUUUUUAAGUAACCUAUCCAGUUUACUUAUGUGUUCUAAACAUCUUUCCAUUACAUUCUGGGUUUUUUUUUAAAUUAUAUACUUUGCAUUUUUACAACUAGGUUCUAAACCAUAUGCUUUGAAUUUUACUUUUUUAUAGUUUACAGGAAUUUUAUUUUUUUGUGCCUAUUUCUUUUUAUGCCUCUGUGAGCCACUAUGGGACAACUGAAAAUUUUGUGCCAUAAAAAUAUUUUUGUGGUAAGGUACUAUUUUUUUAGCUCUAGGGAUAUAUCAACAAAAAUACACCAUACAAUUUGAGACAUAAUUUUAUGUUGAACGAGCACAAUGUAAUCUGAAGCAUUACAAGGAGAUAUAGCCAGACAGCAGAGUUAAAUGGUCUUGUCUUUUUCACUGUUAAUUUAUUGUUGUACAUGGACUUCAUAUUUAUAAGGCAUCCCAAGCUCAUUGUACUUAAUACAGGCAAUGUUUGCUACUCUACCACCAUUGAUUUUCAAUACUUUAUUACAAAGGAUAAAACUGUAAUGUUUUAUUAACAAUGCUUCUGGAAAUGAAUGCAUUUUAAAGCAAAUAAAUCUUUUUGAUAGACCUUUUACAAAAUCCAUUUGCACUAAUGAAUGCUUUCUUAUGGUGAAUGACAUACUAUUUGUUACUGUGUACACUGCUGUUUUGGAAUGUUCAGAAAUAAAGACUCUAUUUCAGCAA